AUGAUUAGGCACUGGCUCGCGAUAACCUUUGGCCUGAUUCGGGUUGCAUUGUCAGAGGGACAAGAUUCCGAGCAGAAUGGAGCACCGCGCGGUCCCGAUCCUUUUGCGUUUUCAAACUCGACCGGAAAUGGGACCGCCAUAGACGUUUUCGGCGUCCUCUCCCACAGUAGGCCCAUCAACGUCCCGUUCCGAGGAGACCACCCGCAGAAGCCGGUGGGGGUGCGCCAGAAAGGCCCGCUGCAGACCAACAAGUUUUACGCAAACUUCUUUGCGAACAGGCAGGACAACGCGACGUGGACGCACCCUUACUCGGUGUGGUGGUCCAGCGACGCGGCGAAGCAGGGUCACGGCUUGUCCGUGUCCCACACGGACCGGAGCAGCUUCAUCUACGGGCCGGGAAAUCCGGUCCAGUCCUUCGAAGACCCGCCCUUCCGGCAGUCCGUCGCCCUCUCGGCGCAGGAGCUGCAGAACGGCACCGUCUUGACGACCGAUGGCCUGACCGCCUUCUCGGUCAAUGUUCACCUGGCCCCCGGGAGAGGAGCCAGGUCGAUCGUGACGUUUCCGCUCGUGCAGGGCAUGGCUUUUGUCACGGGCGUGUACAACCGUGCGAAGGUGCUCAUCCAAUCCGAGUCGGGCUUCGUCAGGGUUCAAAGCAUCCCCGUCUACCCGGACGGGCUCGGCGCCGUCGUCUAUGGAUGGACCGUCCGGUUGGGUGACGGAACGGACUGGCUGGUCUACAUGACGCCGAGGCGUGGCUUCGAGAGGCCGAACUUGAGCCUGAUAAAGAACGGGACACUGGCGGGACCCAACAACUUUUCCGGGACGGUCCAGGUCGCCAAGAAUCCCAACUCGGAAGACGGCACCCGGGUCUUUAACAGAGCCGCCGGGGCAUAUCCCGUCGGUGGCACCAUCUCGGGGUCGGUUUCGGGCAAGACCGGGACUUAUACAAUAAGCUGGAAAAAGGCCGGUGUCAAAUACCGACCGCUGCUCAUGUUUGCGCUGCCGCAUCAUGUCAAAUCCUUCGACGAGAGGACCGCCGAGGGCGUUACCAACGUCACGUUGGCCAGCACCACAAAGGGCAUCGCGACGGCGGUCUUUGCCGAAUCUUUUACCAUGGUGGAGCCGGAUCUUCCGACAGAUAUCGGCUUCGACCCGUGGUCCCCGAGACUGGGGUCAGUAGGAUCAAAGAACGCUCCCGGAGGCGGCGUCUCGAGCGAAGCCAAGGCCGCCGUCGUGGCCGCUGGGAAGGUGGAGCUUGCGGGAGACAUCACGAAGCUCACGAACCUCACGUCCAAAUACUUUGCCGGGAUCGCCUUCUCCAAGUAUGCGAGGGCGCUGUACGCCGUCAACGACAUUGCGGGAGUCACCAACUACACGGCCGGGGCGCUCAAGAAGCUCGAGGCGGCGUUCGACAGAUAUGUCAACAACGUCGAGCCCAACCCGCUCUUUUACGACAAGGUCUGGAAGGGCCUCGUGUCCUCGGCGUCGUACAACAGCAGCGACCCGCUCGAGGACUUUGGCAACACGUACUACAACGACCACAACUUCCACUACGGAUACUACGUCUACACGGCGGCCAUGAUUGCGCAUUUCGACGGGUCGUGGCUGACGAGGAACGGCUCCGUCAACCGGAUCUGGGUCGACAACCUGAUCCGGGACUGGUCCAACCCCUCGACCGGGGACCCGUACUUCCCCUUCUCGCGGUCGUUCGACUGGUUCCACGGCCACAGCUGGGCGCGCGGGGUGCUGGAGGCGCCCGACGGCAAGGACCAGGAGUCGUCGGCCGAGGACGCCUUCUCGACCUACGCCAUCAAGCUGUGGGGCCGCGCGACCGGCGACGCGCGCACCGAGGCCCGCGGCAACCUCCAGCUGGCCGUCAACGCCCGCAGCCUGCGGUCGUACUUUUUGAUGGCGAGCGACAACGACGUGCAGCCGCCCGCGUUCGUCGGCAACCGCGCCGUGGGCAUCCUGUUCGACCGCAAGGCGAACCACACCACCUACUUUGGCGACGACGUGUCCUUCAUCCAGGGCAUCCACAUGCUGCCCAUCGUGCCGAGCAGCGCCUACGUGCGCCGGGCCUCCUUCGUGCGCGAGGAGUGGGAUCAGUACUUUGCCGCCAACGCCUCCGGGAACCUCGUCGGCGGCGGCUUCGUCGGCCACGUCUACGUCAACCUCGCCAUUGCCGACCAGGCCGGCGCCGAGGAGAGCUACCAGUUCAUGAGCGCCCAGGCCGUCAACAGCAGCUUCUUGGACGGGCAGAGCUUGGCCUGGAACCUGGCCUACACGGCUGCUUUGGGGGGAAGCCUGGCGAACAAGACGGCGCCGAGGCUGGAAAAGGCGAAACUUAUCUGA